AGUGGUGCGUUGGUAGCGUAUUAGGUAUUUCCCCGUAUAUCUUUUUUCCCUUUACAUCUGCACGCUACCGUGCGCGUUCGUCUGGUUCUUAAACUUGAUAUUCCGUAGUGCCACAACGUCUUCACUCGUUUUGUUACUUCCCCAACACGGCUCUGCUAAGUCCUUACUCAUCGAUGUUGCUUCCCCGCUCCUCGUUCUCCCGUGUGGUGGCUUCCUUGUGCAUCACACAGCACCUAUUUGCGUCACAUUAAGGAAUAUCACAGCAUUUUUGAGUUACCAGAAGAACAACAUGAGAUAUCCACUACAUCACCGGCGCCACCUGCCCUGCGGUAGUCAUGCCUCCACAGCGGCUUUCGCAGCAUUUCUUUCCCUAGGACCAUUUUUCGGGCCACAGCACUGCCACGCGCUGAUUGAGCUACUGUUCGGAGUGACGGUCGAUUGGGAUGAGGUUUUCCAGUUUGACACUUCAAAGGAGGCGAGGAGGCACAAAUUUCUCGCGCGCCGCGACGAGGAGGUGGAGGGGCGGAGGAAGAACCGUGGGGACGGUGAACGAGCAAUCGACUCCCAGGGAGAACAAAUAACACUGCCCGAAGUCCUUCCUCUAAACUCCUCCCCCCGCACGAGGGCUGAUGCUACUUCUACUGAUGCGGAAGUUGCAACUAGAGACCAGGAUCAUGAUCUUCAACAGGAGCAGACACAAAGCGACGGAGUUGGCAAAGACAAACAAAGCAACAACAUCCAUAACCUUGAUCCACAAAGGGGGCCAGCGGAUGAAAAGCCAAGUAUUCAAACCUCCCCCGCAUCACAAGUGGUGCGUCGAGAAGCAGAAGGGAUCGCAAAGGGAAAGGACGAAACGCCUGUUCGUCUCAAAGAAGAUAGUUCAAACACUAAUUCGGCUGCGGUGGAGCCUCCUACUGUUUCAUCUCCUAGUGCCAACACAGCUUCCAACACGACAAGUCAGCAUGUUCAGACACAGCGACUCCGAAACACAAGGAAAAUUGAAUCUGCAGAACAAGAGCCGAUUGAAAAUGCCGCAAGUGCAUUGGAGGUUCAGGAGAACAAACAGCAGACGAUGAAAGUUAAAGUUUCCUCCGCGUCCUCGCGCUCCUCUUCGGCCCCUCCGAAAAUUCGCUCCAGUACUAGCGUGACUCGUGGCGGAUCAGGAAUCUGGACCGGGUUGGAGCGCGCGGGAACGGGUUUGGGUGGCUACGCGAGGCAGCUUAGUGAGCAGCUCCAACCGCAUCUGGAAACCGCUGGAAGCGUGUUGGCGCAGCAAGCCACGCACGCCAUAAGUGCGGCCAGUUCCGGACUCGCUUCGUUGUGGGGAGUUUUGCAGACAUCCCUGGAUCCGUCGCUGUUCGAAGGUCUACGAAGUAGUGGCUUUGUGAGCGCGGUGGCAGCCGGAUUCGCCCGGCUUACUGCGAUCGGGCCGUCAACGAUACUCCGGGCCUUCCAAAAGUACCAGGACCUGCAGUGCACGCAGUGGCUUCCUAUGGCGAUUGCGGCGGCUGAGAAUGCCAACGCGGACCAGGACCACGGAAAUGUCUAUGGCCAUGCAGCACCAGAAAUUCAUAGUCCAAGUCCAAUGAUCAUGCCGCUUACCCGUACCCGAGUCGACGACAUUUUUCGCGGUUUGGCGUACGCUGCUGCCGUGUACGGCACUUCGUCCUUUGGUGGACUGACAAUGCAGGAGGUUUUUCAAGCGAUCGCCAACUUCGAUCCCAGCGAGACCAGCCUGAGGAGUAGCGGGACAGGAACUUUUCCUCUGAGCCUCGAGGAAGUGUUUCAUUUUGAAGAUCCUGACGGCGGCUCCGGAAAGAGUAUCAGCGUCCUUGCAAACACCGGGACCGGACUCGAGAUUACCCCUGUGGUGGCUGUUUUUGCGGACCACACGAACGACGCCGUCGUGGUAGCGCUUCGGGGUACGAGCUCCGCACGGGACGCGCUCGCGGAUCUCAACUAUGCGUCCAAACCCAUACACAAAGACGCUUUCACGCUGGCGGACCCGUUGAAAUGGGAAGAAGACCGCCCCAGUGGGCUUGGCAAAGGAGCACGGGACCCGCCAAACGAGCACCUUAUCUACGUCCACAAAGGCAUGCUGCAACGCGCAAAACAUGUCAGCGACCGCGUGCUCGAGUCUGUGCAACUGUAUCUAAAAAAGAAUGAAAAAUUCAAGAAGGUGAUCCUCGCGGGGCAUUCCCUCGGCGCCGGAACAGCGCAGUUUUUGUUUAAAAUGUGGGACGACAGGAAGGUUUUUGACCAUGACGUGCAGUUGCUGGGCUACGGUUACGCUACUCCUGGCUCGGCCAGCGCGGCACUGAAGCUACCCUUCGACCGAUUUGUGACCGUGGUUGCGGGCGAUGACAUCGUCCCGCGCGUGAACACGCCGGAAAGGAUCACCCAGGUGAUUGAUGACAGUGUAACUACAAUCGCGAAUCACGAAGUAGACCUCGAUGGCAAGGUGCUGUGGCAAGAGAUUCAGGCGGCCCAGAGUGCCAGCUUGCAACCCCACAACUGGGUGAUCCGGGGGGGCGGGGAUGUCGUGUUGUUCCUCCCCGACGACGACAACGCCAAGCGGCUCUGCGCGCCCAGUUCAAAACGUCACGCCGGGUUCUGGCUGCAGGCCGAGGUCGGGUUCAAAGAUAUCAUCUUUUCAAACAGGGCACUCGAGUCCCACGGGGUUGAUAAUUACAAGAAAAAGCUGGAGCGGUUGCGGUCCCAGUUUACGGGGCAGCGGCAGCCGCAACAGCAACGCCCUGCAAUGCCCUAUCAUGAUGUUGGUACCGCAGCACAUCCCGACGGACCAUCUGGAGCAACUGGUUCUUUGUCGACUUCGGCUCCUUCUGUGCCUGGUCUGUCCGUUUCCGACGCAGAUCCCCAUGCGCACAAGGAUUCUACUGGAGUACGCCACUCCGCACCGCCGAGCACGCUGUUUGAUGAGCGUCCACCUCCCUCACGGAAUGAAGUGGCGGGCUCGAUGCCGCCUGCCGAUCGUCCCGCAGCGCAAUACGAAUCAUCUUCGUCACCCUUGUCGCUGCCAGCACGAAACACCCAUCGACCUUCCUAUCAUGGGCAGCAGCUAUCCGAACCAGUUGCAAGUCAGCCUCGCCUGCACGGCGACGACCCUCCUCGUCGACCAUUGCGUGAUAUCACGAACAACCCGCCUGCAGCCAGUGGACCGGGACGUCCUGAAGAUCUUUCCGGGUGGCCGUCUGCUCUUCAUCCUGCUCCCGACGCUACGGGCAAGAAUCCGGCUCUCAUUGGAGAAGAUUAUCGAGCACAUCCGAUGUUGGCGUCAUCUGCAAGCACAACUGAUGCACUAAACGACGCGACUCGUCGUCCUGCUCCAGUGGCUCCUGCAGCUUCCACGGAUAGCCCAAAGUAUCCAAAUUUCUCGUCGGUACCGCGUCGGAGUUUAGAACCUUCUCGUGCUCCCGGGCUGGUCAAUACCCGACGACGGCAGGCGCAUCUUACUCAUCCCGUUCCUCCGGCGCCCAAAAGGCCCCCGCAUGCGCCCGCAGGACAACAAGGACCGCUAGUAGUACCACGGCGGCCAGGCAGCAAGUUGGCACCCCGGGGGGAAGGGGGAGGCAGAGCGCUGCAGCAAAGGUUGGGCGCAAGCGCUGCUGGCCGAGAUCCCGUUACGCUUUCUAGUGCGGACUCCGCUUUGCGUGGCCAGCAUCAUGAGCACCUUUCUGCUGGUCCGGCAGCCACACGGAGCCAACGAGUUCAAGGCCAACACACUAUAGGAGGGCGCCCUGGUUCGGCAGCAGCUCGAGGUGCUGCAAGACGACCAUUGGGUGGACGACCACGUCCGGCUUCAUCAAAGCCAGCUGCAGCUUGGGGCUCUCAUCUCCCCCGUCCACGGCCUGCACAUUUUCAAAGUCAUUCCGGUGUGACUCCUGGUUCGAUCUCGAUGGAUCAUCACGCCUCCGGUCGGGCGGCGAUGCCGCAUGAGCUCCCUGGCCGGGUUUCGCCGCUGAGGCGGGUCUCUGGCGUUGCCCCGGCAUCAAGGUUGGCUACUUCCAGACCUGCGGUGCGUCCUGGUCCUCUGGCCCCGCCUUCUCGUGCCGCAAGUGCAACUACAGGACCCCGGCCAAAAAGUGCAGCUGCAAGACGGUCCCCGCCACGGUCGUCUGCGACGUCACAAAGCAGUGGAAGACCGGCAACUAGUAUCGGCAUGCGAGCCACGCGGGCUGGGGCACCUCCACUCGUCGGUGGCUCCCCCCCACAUCAGUUCCUCACAGACGAUGGUUACCGAGGUGGCGAUAGCCUACUGGAGUCCCGAUCUUAUCCACGAAAAAGAACAUCAGGUGGUAGAAGAAAGGCAAAUACGGUAAACGCACGUACGGUGCAGCCCUCAGCUCACCGACUUCAUUAUCCAUACGAGCGCAGUAAGUAUAAGACCAAAAACGUUCGCUCCACAAGGUCUACCUCUCUUCGCAGAAGGAGCAGAAGGAGAAACUCUUCCCCUGCCCUCCCCACUGAGAAGGGUAACUUCCUGAACAAAAGGUCUAUGGACCACGACUAUGGUAGCGAAAGAAACAACACCUCCCAUUUUUUCUCAAAGCAUCCAUGAAGGUCCAAGCGUUGUAUUCACAGUCUUGACUCAACGGAAUAAUCGACUGUAGAGUUGUAAUAUGAACGUAAGUAUGUUUUUACUCUCGUGUGCUCUCAUCAAGAAACUGUUGUAAAGUAAUUGUGUCCUCGUCGUGCUGAGGGUGCUUCUGCGGGCUUCCGACAUAUUUUUGCAUCACAUGUGACUGUCGGGGGAAAGAGACGUCUUCUCGGUUCGCUUUCCUAGACUGUUUGUUCUCAUUCGUUCCGGUCGUAAAAUGAACUUAAAAAAUGAAGUUGAAGGAAAUCCUGCCACGGCCUUUGUGUUUCGGCAAGAGACGGUGGUCAGCUGUCGUGCCUUCGUAGUCAUCUCGUGGGUCUUACAACCGUGAAGUAUUGCUGAUUCUACAAAGUACUUAUCAGUAUCUACUGAUGGCGUAGAAGAGGAGAAUCAAUGCGAAAAUGUAGCAAGAUCUACUUCAACUACUCGAAUGAAUAUUUAUUGCCAGCGGAAGAGCAGCAGCGUCGAGCACGAGCUCGAGUUCGACGGCUGUCAACGUUCUUACAAUUCGUAGAUCGGAUAGAAGAAAAAA